GGGCCACCUCUGUGAGACAUCAAGUCAUCAGUGCUCAGCGUACGGCGAGUAAGCACAGGCAGACAGCCUCGAGAGCACGUUGCGGGGAGCACUUUUAGCCCAGCAAGCCAUCCGGCAAGCUCUUUGCUUCGUUCACUCGCGUUUGCGCGCUAGAGACACGAUGCCACUCAGAGGAGCACUGCUGCUCGGCGCCGCCGCGGCGCUGCAAGCACCCGCGCGCGUGCAAACAGCACGGAAAGCUGCCGUCGCGCUCGACGCGGGUCGGCGCGACUUCGUGCAAGGUGUCGGCGCCGCCGCGCUCGCGCCCGCAGUCCUCGCCGGGGCAACGCCGGCCGGCGCUUUGGACGUGAAGCGCUGGUCGCAAGUCCCUUUGCCCGUCUCCACGACGCUCUUCGACAUCGCCUUCGACACGCCGGACCACGGUUACUUGGUGGGUGCGAAGGGCACUUUUCUCGAAACGCUCGACGGCGGGCGCUCGUGGAAGCCCCGGGUCUUCGCGAACCUCGACGAGGAGGAGGAGGUCGGCUACCGCUUCGAGAAGGUCUCCUUCAAGGGCGGCGAGGGCUGGGUCGUCGGCAAGCCCUCUGUUUUACUUCAUACCACGGACUCGGGCAAGAGCUGGGAACGGAUCCCUCUGAGCCCGAAACUACCUGGAGAACCUAGUGGAGUGACGGCGCUCGGCGGUUCAAAGGCCGAGAUGACGACCAGCACGGGCGCCAUCUACACGACGACGAACGCCGGGCGCAACUGGAAGGCCGAAGUCAAAGAGUCCAUCGACGCGACGCUCAACCGAGUGUCGUCCUCCGGUGUUUCUGGUGCCUCCUACUACUCGGGCAGUGUCGGAAACAUUAAAAGGGCCGCCGACGGGAGCUAUCUGUCGGUAGCGUCGCGGGGCAACUUCUACCUCACGUGGAAGCCCGGGGACGACUUCUGGCUCCCGCACAACCGAGGAACCCCGAGAAGAAUCACGGCCAUGGGCUACGUCGGCAACAACGCGGCGAACGGCGUCUGGAUGACCUUAAACGGCGGGCAAAUGGCCAUCGCGGGAGCUUCCGCCAAUACCGAUGUCGAGCCCGAAUUUUCGGGCGUGAAGGUCGACUCCGGUGGGUAUGGGAUCCUGGACUGCGACUACCGGACCCCCCAGGAGGCCUGGGCCGUAGGGGGCGGAGGUACGAUGUACCGAAGCACGGACGGCGGCAAGACGUUCAAGUUCGACGCGUCGGCGGACCGGAUCCCGGGCAACCUGUACACGGUCAAGUUCUUCGACGACAAGACCGGAUUUGCUCUGGGAAGUGAUGGCGUGCUGAUGCGCUACCAGGGCUAGGUCGGCUGUGUAAGGUCUGGACUCUG